CCCAUCCAAGUGUCUGUCCGUCUCUCCGCAGCAGGAUGUGCGGACAGCCUGCCAGCUGCGCUUCCACUUCCUGAAGUCGCUCUUCGAGCACAGCACGUCUGGGGCCCUCGCGUAAGAGCCUGUGAGCUCCCCUGCCCUCCUCUUCCCCUUCUGACCUGCCCCAUGUGUGUGUCUCUCAGCAGCGGGACAAGCGAGGAGCUGCUGGAGGCAUCCUACCAGCACUGGUUGAGCACGGUGGAGGACAUCGUGGGUUCCCACCCUCCCAACCACGUCCUGGAAGCCCUGGAGCACCUGGCCCUGGAGAACACCCUGCAGAUGCAAGAGCUCACCAGCCGCAUUGACAUUCCCCGCGACGUAGAGGCGCUCAAGUUCCGCUACGAGAGCGCCCGCCUGGAGACCUGGCGGGGCCGCCAGCAGCCCUGCCCUCGGUCCGGGGCCUCAUACAGGUGUGAGGAGCUGUGGGUGCAACAGCUCCCCCUACAGGCCCGGGAGCAGCGCGGCACGGCCCAGCUGGCCUCCCUCCUGCAGGAGAUGCACCGGCUGCUGGCGGACGGCUCGGAGCGUGCCAUCCUCGCCAGGUAG